AUGAAUUCACUGCCUAUCACGGUGGCAUUUCAACCCACUGUCGACUGUUUGGUACUUGUUCAGGACGAAGAGACCGCACUACAUUGUGCGGCAGCACGUGGACAUCUCGAAUGUGUGCAGACACUACUCGAUGCUGGCUCGUCCGUCGACGAUUACGACAACCAUCAUCGAACGCCGUUGCUAUGCGCCCUGGAAAAUGGCCAUUUGGAUAUCGCUCUGCUACUCAUCCAUAAGGGCAGCAAGAUUAAUGAGCCGGACGACCGUGCGAACACUCCGUUACAUGUGGCCGCUCGGCUCGGUUUACUUACUGCCGUUCAAACACUCUGCCAUUGUGGAGCCGAUGUCGAUCUGGCAAACCAGGACUCCCUGACUCCGCUCCAUCUAGCCGCUCGAGAGGGAUUCCUCGACAUUGUAAGGGUACUUUGUCUGGCUAAAUCGAAUGUUGCCAGAAAAACCAAGGUGAGCUAUUUUGGAAUCUCAAGAGAAUCGGCUCUUUGUGAAAAACAGCCAUCAAUUCUUCCCUAUCUGUUAGUGAAAGCUCUUUCAGAAAAGAGUUGA